GAGAAGAAAACAAAAUAGCAAAACCCCAACAACGAAGACCCUGCGGUUUUCUGGUACCUCAGCCUCAAAACGAUGUCCGCCGCCUCCUGAGUAGCCGGUGCGGCGAAUGUAGCCGCCGGAGCUAGAGCAAGACCAACACGAUCACUCUUUGGAAUCCCAAACAAAGCUCAAUCUCCAAUCGCAGUGCUUUUAGGUUGCCGGUGGAGAUGAGUUUCUGCGUCGAAUCGAUGCUUCCUUACCACUCUGCAACUGCUUCCGCAUUGCUCACUUCCAUGCUCUCUGUGUUAGUUAAAGGGUUAGCUAAAUAUCACCCUCCAGUGUUCACCAAAUAUUUUGGUAUUUAUAUGUGUUUCCCCAACUCCAAACAAAUUUGGGAGCCGGAGUACGAAUGAAUGUGUCAUCUGGCUGGAAAAUCCGCCGCAAAAUAAGUACGAGAAUUUGAUUUGGUUCGAUGAUGAGAGGUAGAGAUAGUUAAAAUCAUUCAUUUUGUUUGAAAGAGUGAAAAGAUGGAAGAGAGAGUAGACGAAGAAAGGAUCGACAUACAGCAGCCAUUGCUUGUGAGAAGAGCAUCUAUAAACAACACUUCCCAGGUCGCCAUUGUUGGAGCCAAUAUAUCUCCAAUUCAGAGUCUUGAUUACGAGAUAAUUGAGAAUGAUGUUUUUAAGCAGGACUGGAGAUCUCGAACAAAGAGUGAAAUAUACCAGUACAUUGUCCUAAAGUGGACUCUGGUACUUCUUAUUGGUGUAUUUACAGGGCUAGUUGGCUUCUUUAAUAACCUUGCAGUUGAGAACAUUUCUGGUUUCAAGCUUUUAGUCACCAACAAGCUGAUGCUGAGCAACAAUUAUCAUGAGGCAUUUGCAGUGUAUGUUGGCAGUAACAUUUUGUUAGCGGUUGGUGCUGCAGCAUUGUGUGGUUACAUUGCCCCUGCAGCAGCUGGGUCUGGCAUACCUGAGGUGAAGGCAUACCUGAAUGGUAUAGAUGCACAUGCUAUAUUGGCUCCAACCACCUUAUUCGUAAAGAUAUUUGGAUCAAUUUUAGGGGUUGCUGCAGGAUUUGUUGUGGGGAAAGAAGGACCAAUGGUACACACUGGAGCUUGCCUUGCGAAUUUGCUGGGACAAGGAGGUUCUAAAAAAUACAAGCUGACGUGGAAAUGGCUGAGAUACUUUAAAAAUGACAGAGAUCGAAGGGAUCUCAUCACAUGCGGUGCAGCUGCAGGGGUUGCCGCUGCGUUUCGUGCCCCUGUUGGCGGCGUCCUUUUCGCACUUGAAGAAGCAGCUUCAUGGUGGAGGAGUGCUCUUCUGUGGCGCACUUUCUUCACAACGGCGGUUGUUGCGGUAGUGCUGAGAGGGUUUACACAAAUAUGUGAGGGAGCUGCUGGGAAAUGUGGGCUUUUUGGGAAAGGAGGUCUCAUAAUGUUUGAUGUUAAUUCAGCAGAUCCCGUGUAUAGCACACCUGAUCUCGUAGUAGUUGUGUUUCUUGGAGUUAUAGGAGGUCUUAUGGGAAGCCUUUACAAUUACCUUGUGGAUAAGGUGGUUCGCACUUACACUAGUAUAAACGAGAGAGGCCCCAUCUUCAAAAUUCUACUUGUCAUCAUAAUUUCCCUUGUCACCUCUUGUAUUCGCUUCGGCCUUCCAAUAUUGGCAUCAAAUUGCAUCCCCUGUCCAUCACUGAAUAACUGUCCAACCGUAACCGCUGCCCUCUCACAGUGUCCGCCUAACCACUACAAUGACCUCACCUCUCUCUUUUUCACCACUAAUGAUGAUGCUAUCCGUAACCUCUUCACUGCUGGCAGCCCUGACAACACCACAUUUCAGAUUUCUAGUCUCGUCAUUUUUUUCAUCGCAAUAUACAUGCUUGGAGUUGUCACUUACGGUGUUGCCAUCCCCUCUGGCCUCUUCAUUCCUGUCAUACUUGCUGGAGCUUCAUAUGGGCGUCUUGUGGGGACUCUCUUGAGUCCAUUCACUACUCUUGAUACCGGCUUGUUUGCCCUCCUUGGAGCUGCAUCCUUUCUUGGUGGCACCAUGAGAAUGACUGUUUCCCUCUGUGUCAUACUUCUUGAGCUCACUAAUAACCUGCUCAUGCUCCCUUUGCUCAUGCUUGUUCUCCUCAUUUCAAAGACAGUGGCUGAUUGUUUCAACAAAGGUGUUUAUGAUCAGAUUGUCAAGAGUAAGGGGCUACCUUUUAUGGAGAAACAUGCAGAGCCCUACAUGAGGCAUUUAAUUGCUAGUGAUGUUGUUUCUGGCCCCUUGUUCACUUUUUCUGGGGUUGAAAAAGUGGGCAACAUUAUGCAUGCUUUGAAGGUCACAGGACAUCAUGGCUUUCCUGUGGUUGAUGAGCCUCCUUUCUCGGAUGCUCCUCAGUUGUCUGGGCUGGUUUUGAGGUCUAAUCUGCUUGCACUUCUUAAGCACAGGACAUUGUUCACAAGGGAGAAGGUCAUAACAGAGCCUGCCAUUGUGAGAAGGUUAAAGGCAAGUGAUUUUGCAAAGCCAGGUUCAGGCAAAGGGAUGAAAUUGGAGGAUUUAGACAUUUCAGAAGAGGAGAUGGAAAUGUUUAUUGAUCUUCAUCCGAUUACCAAUUCGUCACCGUAUACAGUGGUGGAAACAAUGUCUCUUGCAAAAGCUGCUGUUCUUUUUAGGGAGCUUGGCCUCAGGCACUUGUUGGUGGUGCCUAAGACACCCGGUAGGGCUCCAAUUGUUGGAAUCCUGACAAGGCAUGAUUUCAUGGCUGAUUAUGUCUUGGGACUAUUCCCUCACCUCAACCCCCACAAGUAGCUAGAGGAUUCAAGUCAAGCUGAUCAAUUUUGCAGUCAAUAUAUCAUCUUUAAUCGAAUUCUUUUAUAUGUACUAGAGACUAAUCUAGAUCUUUACUUGUUCUAGUUAGGCCGACGAUGUGAGACAUGAUGAUAUGAAUUUUAUUUCUCUGUUUCUUUGUUUUGAGCUAGUUCUGAUUUGGCAUAGAUUGUCACUAUUAUUUUGUCAAUUAAAAUCAAGCUGUCCAUUUGAAA